AUAUUGUUUGAUGUUAGACUUAUCCGUAAAGGGGUCCUCGGGUUACAAAAUCUUGACAUACGAUGUUUUGAGUUUACGACGCUCACUCCCAUGAAAACCUUAAAAAUAUUGAGAUGUGAGUGUUUUGGUUUACGCCGUUAGUGUCGUAGUUAUGGACGAUGUGGGCGAACUAGUUUGGUUACCCGUGGUGGAGGAAUACGCAGUAACGCGGCGUACGAGUGAGUUAAGCCAUCACUAUGGAAUUGAAAUUAGACAACGUAAAGAGAUCAUUAAAGGAACAUUAAAACUCUGACAAUUUCAGUUACUUUUCUGUCGUAGGAACGGAACUGUCGUAACCUGAGGACUCCCUGUAGUAUAUUUGGAUAGUCCUGUAUUAUUUGGUGGUUCUAUUUCUUUUUAAUUAUUUCUUAAUGAAGGAUUUGUUAUUUCUUUGAAUAAAUUUAUUUCAAAGAAAGGUUGGAUUUUUCUAUUUUUUUCAGUGUGAGAUGAAGCUACUUCACUGAAAGGUAGAUUUUUUUUCUAUGUAGAUUUUUCUUGAUAUCUAUUAGUAUGUUUAGUUAGUGAAUAAAGUAAAAUUAAAAAGUAACCAAGUGUAGUUUGUCAGUUAUUUAGCCUGAUAGGUGAGACUGUGGCAGUAUGACUAUUUUAAGUACCUGUGCCUUUAAAUGUGCGGGCCGAUUUUGUAUCGUAAUUCGUGGUAGCGCCCUAUAAAAAUGGCAGUGGUUGGCUGGGGGUCGAAUGCUGGCAAGGUUCUUCCGGUUACCUGACUUCGUGGUAAAGAUCUGCAUACGACGGAUUUAUUGGAGGUGGCUGUUUGAGCUGCUGUCUCGUCCUGUGGAGGACGGGGGGCCCUCAGGCCACGCCACACCCUCCGAUGACAGGAGUUUGUCAUCAGAUGAUGUUUCUCUCAGCUCCCAGUCUGACGAGAGCCUGAGUGCCAAGGUGGAGAGGCUGACAAAGAAGCUGGAGGAGCGACGGGAACAGAAAAGGAGAGGAGAAGAGGAAAGCACAUUCUUUAGCAAUGAAUAUUACGGCAGGAGCAGCCAUGACCUCCUCAGGCCAGUCUGACUUCAAUGGGGGUCACUGCGCAUUUUUUAAUCAUUUAACUUUGCUGUAACGUGUUCCUUUGGCCUGUUCUUGGUGCUGCCGUGAUCUUGGCCGACGCCUCCCUGUCUGCCCGCCCAGAACCAGAUAAGGAAGGAGGUGGAAUGGAGGAAGACUGGCAAGGAAAUG